AUGGUGGCUGUGGGUCCCCUCCUCGGCGUGCUAACAGGCUGCUACUUCUGCUGCUGCCUGUGCUGCUGUUUCAACUGCUGCUGUGGGAAGUGUAAACCCAAAACUCCUGGAGAGGAGGACCCCGACACCUACGUGUCCCCUGAAGACCUGGAGGAGCAGAUCCGCACAGACAUGGAGACAGACGCUGACGACGUCCCCAUAAUACAGCAGCCAACCAAUGCAAGCGAGAGGACCGGGUUGAUUGGUGACGGACGACGGGCCUAUACCUAACACAACUGAGAAGAAAGAUCGGAGGACUGGUGAUGUCAUAGGGAUUCCAGAACUGGCUUUAAAUACGUGUAUUUGAGUAUUUGUUAUUUGAAUACUUAUUUUCAAUGUAUUUUAGUAUUUUCAAAUAAUGUGGCCCGAAUCAACUACAACUAAGUAUUUGAAAGUGUUUUCAAAUAAUUUCCUAUAAAUAGCCUACUAUUUAACUUGUUUCAAAAACAAUUUUCAAAUACCUGGGUUAAACGCAUGGGAGUGUAUUUCAGUCAUUUUAUUUCAGUAUUUUCAAAUACAUAGUAGUAGUAUUGAUACGGUAGGAGAGUGAUGUAGGCAGAGCUUAUUAAGGAGGUUGCUGCUGUUGUUGUUUCAACAGAUUCAACUACUUGUCUUUUCAAAUAAGACAUAUCUACUUACUUCCAAAUGUAUUUGAAAGUAAUUUAAACACCCUAAAUAGUAUUUGAACCCAGGUCUGAGGGGAUUCAUUCCUUGACCUGGUAGAUCCCAAAAGGGUUCCAAUUACAUUCCACCCCUUGACUACACUUUGUAAAUUCUGAAUGAGUGUUAGUUUGUGUGCAUUGUGUUUUGUGUUUGUUUGUUAUUUAUUCUGAACAAAAUACAAAGUAUCUCUAGAAUUGUGCAUUUAAAAGUGUGGCUGUGAAAGAAUUGAGAGAUGUCAGUAUUUUGUCAUGUGAGAAAUAAAG